CAAAAGAUGAAGGUGGUGUGCCACAAUGUCUGAACUACUGUCUGCGUUAGUACUUCUAAGUACAAUGUCCCUGAUUCAAGCUGCAGAAGUUCCUCACCCAAUUUCUUCCACUAUGGUUAAAAUUGGUGACAGCGCGAGUUUUUACUGUCCAGUUACUGAUGAAGUUACAUAUUUUUACUGGUAUAAACAGUCUCUCGGACGUCAGAUGCAAACAGUGGCUGAAACAGUUUACGGAAACACAAACAUUAAAAAUCAAUUUGAAUUCUUACAUUUCAAUAUUACUAGAAAUGAGGGUCAGUAUAUUUUCACCAUUAGAAAGAUCAGAAAGGAGGAUGAAGCAAUGUAUUUCUGCCAAAGUGGACCUUCACAUGGUAUGACUCUCCUUAACAGCACAUUCAUAGCAGUCAAUGAUCAAACAAAUCAGCAGAAUUUUAUCUCCGUGGAACAAAAUCCACCAGCAGCUUCAGUGCAGAGAGGACAUUCAGUGAGUCUCCAGUGUUCACUUCUGUCUGAGGACAAAGAAAAGCCAGUCCAGUGUCCAGGUGAACACAAUGUGUACUGGUUCAGAGCCGGAUCAGGAGGAUACGGACCAGGAAUCAUCUACACUCACAAGAACAAGACUGAAGAACAAGACAAAAGGAAAUGCAUCUACCGUCUGUCUACAACCGUACAGGACUCGUCUGAUUCUGGGACUUACUACUGUGCUGUGGCCACAUGUGGACAGAUCCUGUUUGGUGGAGGAACUAAAGUGGAGACAGAACCAGAAAAUGACCCUGUUGUCAUUGCACUGGGAGUUUUGUUGGCCUUCUGUGUGACUGUGAUCGUCGUUCUGUGUGUCCUUCUUAGUCGAAGUAGAGUUUGUGAACAUUGCAAAAAUGCCAUCAGUCAUCUGGAUCAUGACAGGAGAACUGGGAGUCAAUCUGAAGACUUGGAUGGUGGAGCCGUGGAUGUCAACUAUUCAACGCUGACUUUCUCUGCAAGAACGAAACAAGGAAAUCAAAAGAAGCGAGAGCAGGACUGUGUGUACUCUGCUGUCAGAGAUUACCACACCCACCCAAACCAAUCUGCUCUCUGACCUCAAGUAUAUCGAUGAAUUUAUAGCUUGAUAGAACAGCUACGCUGUCUUUCUCUCUGAUGUGGGUA